GAGGAGGAAGGUUUGUACAAGGGGGAAUAUUCUAUUUUAAAUAUAUUACUUUCCUCCGUCUUACAACUCUUAGAGUCGUGAGAUAUCAAAGCAUCCACCCACACACGCAUCAUUAUUUUAGAGAUAAAUUAAAUCCAUAAAUAGAUAUAGUAAUCGUUCCUACCUAACGGAUUUGGAAAGUUCUUGAUUGAACUGCGAUUGCGGUUUAUUCUUUUAGCGGCAUUUUUAUAAUUAGUAUCUCUAUUAAUUCUUUCAUUUUUCUCUUUAAUUUUUUUUUAUAGUAUUGAGGCCCCUCACAUUGCGUUCACCAACAUGGCAGACAGCCAAAGUGAAUCCUCUGACGGGGUUAUUCCUUUUCCUGGUUUAGACCUCACUUUUGUCAAUAAUAGCACCUUUUCGUAUAUUGCGAUAGCUUUCUGCUUUGCAAGCUGUGUGGUUUCCUUUGUAGAUAUUCAUAAACAUCUCUCACGGAUGGAUUAUCCCAAACUUCAAGUUCUCGAGAUGCGAAUCCUCUUUAUGAUCCCGAUUUACGCCAUUUUCACGGCACUUUCCUUGUUAUUUGAAAGUUGGCGCUUUUUCUUUAGUACUAUCCGCGAUUCCUACGAAAGUUUUGUCUUAUAUAUAUUUUUUAUGCUCAUGAUCGCGUACUGUGGAGGCGAGGGUCAACUUCUGCGUUCUUUGAAACGAAAAUGCUACAAAGGCGUGCAUCCAUUUCCUAUGUGUUGGCUUCCGAUGUUUAACUUAGAUCGAUAUUUCUACCUGCGAAGUAAACGAUGGGUUUUACAAUGUGCGUUGAUUAAACCAAUUUGCUCUUUUAUCGCGAUGGUGACCGUCCCGCUCGGGAUCUAUGAGGAAAAUCAUUUCAAAAUUAACAAUGUCUACACCUAUACUUGUAUUACGAUUAACAUCAGCCUCACCAUGGCUUUGUAUUACCUAAUUUUGUUUGAGGUCGAAUGUGCGAAAGAACUUCACUACGCGAAGACCUUUUUGAAGUUUUUGUGCAUCAAAUCCAUUAUUUUUUUUAGUUAUUGGCAAUCCGUCUCGCUCAAUUUGGCAGCCUUGGCGGGCUUUCUAUAUCUUGGCAAAGACCGGCAUGAAAAAGAACGAAUCGGGAGUAUAAUUCGGGAAAUACUAAUUAGUUUUGAGCUCCUUCCCGUGGCCUUUUUACACCACGCCGCGUUUAGCCGAAGUAAAUUGGAUGCCGAGAUGGCCGCGGUGCCCGUUUAUAUGAAAAAUACAAACUCGGGAAAUCUUCGCACAAAUGUCGAUACGGCGUUAAGUAUAAACGAUAUCAUCCACGACACCCUCGGUACGAUUUUCUACCGCCGGGGGAAACUUGUCGAUUUGGAGAAUAACGACGAAACGAGCGAAAGUGAUGGGGAAAAAAGGCUUGGAAAGAACGGAAUGAAGGCCAGGGGGGGAUCCACCAUGGGGAAUUCGCAAAUUAAAAAAACAGGGCCCCUAGCGGCGGAGGAAAAGGAAGAUGUGGAGGUGGAAAUGGUGGAAGGGGUAGGAACUCUCGCGCGGGAUCCGACGUUGGCGGAGUUGGUUCGACAUGCUAUCCAAACCGAUUAUGGCGUCCGCGUGGAUGGAAUUUUGCAUUUUGACGACGAAAACGAUCGCGAAGGGCUGGAUUUUGACGAAACGAAUGUGAUGCUUCGCCAAAGUCGGUCCGAUCGCGCGCAAAGUGAAAUGCGGGUGGAUCUCGAUCUCCUCCGUUCGAACCAGGCCCAACAGCAAAAUGUGGGAAUACCGCAAAUUUAUUGUGUGGUGUGCGGCCGAUUUGAUCGUGAGAUGGUGCGACGGCGGAAUGGGUAUAAAUGUAUUGAAUGCGUCGGGACGAAAAGCCAGAGUUUACUACGGCAACGACAGCUCGCAGCGACGGCGGGAUCGCCCCUGAAAUUUUAUGAAAGAUAA